CCCAUUUCCAUUCAGCUCCAUACCCCUCCUAACACAUAAUAGCUCUCUCUCACACACUAUCCCUUUCUAUCUACUAAUAGAAUAAGAAUAUUUAAAAUACUGAUCAAAGCAGGGAAGAAACUGAGGAAAUGUUGUGUUUCAUUUAGAAGAAUUUACACAUAUUGUAUAUUACCUAGUAGCUAUAGCUGGUGGUGUUCCUCUAGUUGAAAAGACAACACUCAAUCUAUCAAAGGUGUUACUGGUUAAUGGGGAUUACUUCUCUACAAGUUUGCAUGGAUUCAUCUGACUGGUUACAGGGCACAAUUCACGAGGAUGUAGCAGCAGGAGUAGUCAUGGAUUCUUCAUCUUCACCAUCUGGUGGGGAUCAUCACAUUAAUCUGACAUGUUCAAGGCCCAUAAUAGUUGAUCAAAGAAGACUAAGACCCCCACAUGACCACUCCAUCAAAUGCCCUCGUUGCGACUCUACCCACACCAAAUUUUGUUACUACAACAACUAUAGCCUCACUCAACCUAGGUACUUUUGCAAGACAUGUCGAAGGUAUUGGACUAAAGGUGGCACUUUAAGAAACAUCCCUGUUGGUGGUGGCUGCCGUAAGAACAAAAAAGUUUCCUCCAAAAAAUCUAACACUAAUGAAACUUUAGCUACUACUAGUACUAAUAAUAAUAACCAAAAUCUUCCAGAACCAGAAAUGCCCUUUCCUCUACAUAACCAUCACUUCAUGAGUGGCACUAGCAGCUUUGUUCAUCAUGGUAAUUUCAUGCUUGAUCAAAAUCAAGCCCCAAUUAUUGAUUUCAUGGAAAGUAAGUACGAGGCUUUAGUUGGGAGUAGUUCAAGAAACCAAGAUUUAUUUCUUGGGAAUGGUGAUAAUAAUAUUGGAAUGAUGAGUAAUGCUGGAUUUGGUCAUGAUAAUAUUAUUGCACCAAAUUUUCCAUUUGGAAUGGCGUCGAUGAAUAUGGAUAAUGUGAACAACUUUGGAAUGUUGUUACCAUACGAAAAUAAUCACCAUCAUCAUGAGGAACUACAAAGUAUGAAUAAUGCAGUUGAUGUGAAGCCAAAUCCCAAGAUUUUGUCACUGGAGUGGCAUGACCAAGCUGGCAAUAAAGAGUCAUCAUUUGGAUAUAAUUAUUCUGGUAGUAGUACUGGAGGCCUAGGAUCUUGGACUGGCUUGAUGAAUGGUUGUUAUGGAUCAUCAACAACAAACCCUUUAGUCUGAAUUGAAAAUCAAGUUGAAUUAAUUAGUGACUACAUGUUGAUUAGGGUUUCAUAUUAAUGUCAUGUGGUAUCAUGAUGAGUGCAAAGAAUAUUUACCACUUCUUAAUUUGGCCUAAACUCCUUUUUGGUGUGAAAGGUGCAUUUGAUCUGCUCUAACUUUUUAUCCAUGCUGAGGACUUUUGGUGUGAAGGGGAGAUAUUGUAAAGAGUCCAGAUUUUACUAUUACUACUUAAUUUCUUUUUGUUAAUUCCCAUUUCUCAUGUUACUUUCAAUUACUACUCAGGAAGGUAUUCAAAGUUUUUCUGUUUUAAUUUG